AUGACAUCUAAUCUUAAUGCUAAUACUUCAAAUAAGAAGAUUAAUAAGAAUCUUUCUUUCUCGAUCAAAACAAGAUUUACAUUCAUCAAAGUAAAUUAUGGUUAUGAAGCGUACAAGUUAUAUCAAUAUUAUGAAAGAAUUAUGAUUAAAACAGUACGUCUUUCAUGUGACCUGAAAUUUUUAAAUGAAUGUAGAAAAAACAAUGUUGUUCCAAUAUUUCUUCAAUUCAAUGUUGCAAAUGAAAUGCUAUUGUAUUCAAAUGCAUACAAACAGUGUCAACGUAUCCUUUUGAAUGAAGAAAUUAAUUUAAAAAAGAAAAAUAUAAAAUAUUUAUCUAAGUCAAGAAGAGAUGCAUAUAAUGAAUUGGUUAAUAUUUUUCCACUUGAAAUUAUUACGGAAAUUAAUCAGAUCAUUUCUUCACUUCAAAUUGAAGAACAACAUGAGAAAUAUUUUACACAUUAUAAAAAAUUAAACGGUUUGAUUUUAAAAAGAAACCAACAACAACAGCAACAACAACAACAAAGAACAAAUCGUGUAUAUACUUUCUUUAAUACCAGCUCCAGAAAUGAAAUGAUAUAUACAACUUAUAAUAAUAAUAAUCAUAAGGAAAAAUUAGUAUGGAAUUUAUCAGGUCGAAAGUUAAACUCAGAAGAAUUGCACGUAUUAGAAAAAGGAUUGACUUACAAUCGUGCUGGUAAAAUAAAUCGUUCUCAAGUUAUUUCAAAUGUUGAAUACUUAUUUCGUCGUACAUCUGGUGUUCAAAAAGAAGUACUUGAUUAUAAAAAAUGGGACGAAGAACCUGAUAAUAUGAUCAAUAAAGAUGUUCGAAUUUUAGAACCAAAACAAUUAUCACUUGCAGCAAAUUUAAAAAAUGCAACAGAAAAAUUUUUCAAUCAUGCCAACAUAUCAGUAGCAACAAGAAGAAAAAAAUAUUUAAAUGAAAAAAACGAAGAAAAUAUUUUAUUAAAUUUAUCAAAAGAUCCAUCGAUUUUAAUUACAAAACCUGAUAAAGGUCGUGGUACAGUUAUACUUGAUCGUAAUUAUUACAUCAAAACGAUGGAAUCAAUGUUAAAUAAUAAAUCAAAAUUUACCUUGUUAAAGGAAGAUCCAACAAUUUCUCGGGAAAAUUCUUUAACAAACCUGUUGCUACAAAUUAAAAAUGAACAAUACUUGACACAAAAAGAAUAUCAAUAUAUUAGACCAGUCGGUUCAAUUUCAGCAAGAUUAUAUGGUUUACCUAAGGUGCACAAAACUCAAAUUAAUGUACCUUUACGACCAAUCGUUUCAUGCGUACAAUCAUAUAAUUACCGACUCGGAAAAUAUUUAGCCAACAUCAUCAAGCCAAUUCGUCACAGUAAUUAUUCAUUGAAGAACAACAUGGAUUUCUUACAAUUCUUACGAAAUAAUUCAGAUUUAUUGAAAAACAAUAAAAUGAUUAGUUUCGAUAUAGAAAGUUUAUUUACAAAUAUUCCUGUUAAUGAAACUAUCGACAUUAUAUGUGAUAAACUAUAUUGUAGAGAUCCAAAAUUAAGACCUUUUAUUCCUGAAUAUUAUUUUCGCCAAUUAAUAGAGUUUGCAACUAGGCGUACUCAUUUUCUCUUCAAUAACAAAUAUUACGACCAGUCAGAUGGUGUUUCCAUGGGAACACCAUUAGCCGCAAUAUUUGCUGAAGUAUUUAUGGCACAUUUUGAAGAGACUUAUUUGCCGAUUUUAUUGAAUCAAAUAGAUUCUAAGUUACUUGCAUGGCGUCGUUAUGUUGAUGAUACAUUUGUUAUUGCUCAGAUGGAUGCAAAUUAUGAUGAAAUUAAACAAGUAUUAAAUUCAUUUCAUCCUUGUAUUAAAUUUACUGUCCAACCUGAAAUUGAUGAUACGAUGGCUUUUCUUGACGUUUUAGUCAAACGACAUGAUAAAGGUUAUGAUACAACAGUUUACAGGAAAAACACAGCGACAAAACUUAUGUUAAAAUGGCAUAGUUUAGCUCCAAAAGCUUAUAAAACAACAUCAAUCUCACCAUUAGUAACAAGAGCAAUUAGAAUAUGUUCUACAUACAAAUUAUUACAUAAUGAACUUGAAUAUAUUCGAAUGAUGGCUAAUUAUAAUGAUUAUCCUCUUCGAUUUGUUGAGAACAUUAUAUGCAAGCAACUAAAUAAAUAUUAUGAAUCAACAGCAGCAGCAAAUAAAAUUCAACAGCGUGUAGAUCAGAAGAAAAAGUAUUCAUACAUUGAAUUACCUUAUGUUGGUCGUGCAAGUUAUGAAUUCGGAAAAAAACUUAAAAAACUUAUUAAAAUCAAUGAUUCAACAUCUGAUCUUCGUGUAAUUUAUCGAGCAACAAAUCCAACAAAAAGAUUCUUUCCAACAAAAGAUCCACUUGAUGAUAAUCAAAAAGCUGGUGUUGUAUAUCAAAUAACCUGCAAUGAUUGUAAGAAAACUUACAUCGGGAAAACUAUUCGACAAACAGCAAGACGUUUGAACGAACAUGAGAAAGACACAGAAAAAGCCCAGAUGUACAUUCAAAGAUUAUUUUCAUAUACGCACCGAACCAGCGAACAAAAUCGAAAGAAAAAAGGAAUACAUGAAGGUUGUAUACAAAAGAAUAUAUCAACUGAAAAUUUACGUCGAAGCAAACGAAUAGCAGAAAAACAAAACCAAAUUCUCCAUCAACAACAACCGAUACUUCAUGAAGAAUCCGGAUACACACCUAAAUCAGCUGUUGGCAAACAUGUUAAACAAACUGCACAUUCGAUCGAUUUCAAAAAUGUGCAAAUCUUAGACCAAGAUUCAUUACCUACUCGCUUGCUCAUUAAAGAAUCACUUCAAAUACGUGAUAAAAAACCAAUUCUAAAUGCCACCGACACCUCUAUUCCACUUUAUGUCUAUCCCGAAGGAACCAACGAACGAUCAACAACCACAACAAAAUAA